GCGGUGGCGGCAGCCGCACCUGAGGCUGAGCUCUCUCCUGGCGGCGCUAUGGCUAGAGCUGGAAGCAGCCUCCAUCCUUCUGCCAGAGACUGGGACAGAACUGAGAGGCCUCCUGCUGUGUUGCUACUGCUGCUGCGGCUGCUCUGGGCUGGGGCUGCUUUCCAGGUGGCUCAGGGAACCGAGCUUCACGCCUGCGAAGAGUCUGAGUAUCACUAUGAGUAUACUGCAUGUGACAGCAUGGGCUCCAGAUGGAGGGUCGCCGUGCCACACACACCUGGACUGUGCACCAGCCUACCUGAUCCAGUCAAAGGCACUGAAUGCUCUUUUUCCUGCAAGGCUGGGGAAUUUCUGGACAUGAAGGACCAGUCAUGUAAGCCGUGUGCCAAAGGCCGGUAUUCUCUAGGCACAGGCAUCCGAUUCGAUGAGUGGGAUGAAUUGCCACAUGGAUUUGCUACCCAAGCGACCAAUGUGGAGAUUGAUGAAGACUUCACUGAGUCAUCUGAGAACUGUACCUCGUCAACCUGGGUUCCCUUGGGUGACUACAUCUCUUCAAACACAGAUGAAUGCACGGCCACACUGAUAUAUGCAGUCAACCUAAAGCAGUCAGGCACUGUGUCAUUUGAAUAUUUAUACCCGGACACCGGCAUCAUCUUUGAAUUUUUUGUUCAGAAUGAUCAAUGUCAGCCUAACAUAGAAGAUUCUAGGUGGAUGAAAACUACAGAAAAAGGGUGGGAAUACCAUAGUGUGGAGUUAAAUCGUGGCAACAACGUUCUGUAUUGGAGAACCACAGCCUUCUCAGUCUGGUCCAAAGUCCGUAAGCCUGUGCUAGUGAGGAAUAUCGCCAUUACAGGGGUUGCCUACACUUCAGAAUGCUUCCCCUGCAAGCCUGGUACUUACGCUGCCAACGAGGGCUCCUCUACCUGCAAGCUCUGCCCAGCAAACUCUUACUCCAACAAGGGAGAAACCUCUUGCCACGAGUGUGACUUGGACAAAUACUCAGAACAAGGAUCCUCUUCUUGCAAGAUGCGUCCAGCUUGCACGGACAAAGAUUAUUUCUACACACACACAGCCUGUGAUGCCAAUGGAGAGACACAGCUCAUGUACAAAUGGGCGGAGCCAAAAACUUGCAGUGAGGAUCUUGAGGGAGCGGUGAAACUUCCAGCCUCUGGAAUGAAGACCCAUUGCCCACCCUGUAACCCCGGAUUCUUCAAAACCAACACCAGCACCUGUGAGCCCUGUCCCUACGGCUCCUUCUCCAAUGGCUCAGGCUGUAUCAGCUGCCCAGCUGGGACUGAACCAGCCCUGGGUUUUGAAUACAAAUGGUGGAACACCCUGCCCACAAAUAUGGAAACUACCGUUCUUAGCGGAAUCAAUUUUGAGUACAAGGGCAUGGCAGGCUGGGAGGUGGCCGGUGACCAUAUUUAUACAGCUGCUGGAGCCUCAGAUAAUGACUUCAUGAUUCUUACGCUGAUUAUACCAGGAUUCAGCCCUCCACAUUCAGUGAUGGCAGACACAGAGAAUAAAGAGGUGGCCAGAAUCACUUUUGUCUUUGAGACUGUGUGUUCCGUGAACUGCGAACUUUAUUUCAUGGUGGGAAUGAAUUCCAGGACUAACACACCAGUGGAAACAUGGAAGGGACCCAAGGGCAAACAGUCCUAUACUUAUAUUAUUGAGAAGAACUCCAGCAUGAGCUUCACCUGGGCCUUCCAGAGGACCACCUCUCAUGAAACAGGCCGGAAGUACACCAAUGAUGUUGCCAAGCUCUACUCUAUCAAUGUCACCAAUGUCAUGGGUGGGGUGGCCUCCUACUGCCGCCUCUGUGCCCUGGAGGCCUCUGACUCUGGCUCCUCCUGUACUUCCUGUCCCGCUGGCUACUACAUCAACCGGGAAUCUGGGGCCUGCCACUCCUGUCCUAAGGACACGUUCCUGAGAGCACACCAGCCCUAUGGCAUCCAGGCCUGUGUGCCCUGUGGCCCAGGGACCCAGAGUAACAAGAUCCACUCACUCUGUUUCAAUGAUUGCACCUUCUCUGUUGCCGAUGCAGCCAGAACCUUCAACUACGACUUCUCAGCCUUGGCAAAUCCUAUCUCUCUGUCUGGGGGACCAAGCUUUACUUCCAAAGGGCUCAAGUAUUUCCACCAUUUUACCCUCAGCCUCUGUGGAAACCAGGGUAAGAAAAUGGCUUUGUGCACAGAUAAUGUCACUGAUAUCCGGAUCCCAGAGGGGGAGUCAGGCUUCUCUAAAUCCAUCACUUCCUACGCCUGUCAGUCAGUCAUCAUCCCCUCUGAGGUGACAGGCUAUAAGGCUGGCGUCUCCUCACAACCUGUCAGCCUUGCUGAUCGACUUGUAGGGGUGACAACAAAUAUGAACCUAGAUGGAAUCACCUCCCCGGCUAAACUUUUUCCCUCUGAAACUCUAAGGAUGCCUGAUGUGAUCUUCUUUUACAGGUCUAAUGAGGUGACACAAUCCUGUACUUCUGGAAGGUCAACCACUGUCCGAGUCAGAUGCAAUCCACUGAAACCUGUCCCUGGAAGCCUCUCACUGCCAGUGAAAUGUUCCGACGGGACUUGUGAUGGCUGUAACUUCCACUUCUUAUGGGAGAGUGUGACGGCUUGCCCCCUCUGCUCCAGCUCUGACUACCACGCUAUCAUCAGUAGCUGUGUGGCCGGGAUCCAGAGAACCACUUAUGUGUGGCGAGAGCCGAAGCUGUGUACAGGAGGCAUCUCCCUGCCUGACCAGAGCGUCACCAUCUGCAAGACGAUGGAUUUUUGGCUCAAAGUGGGCAUCUCUGCUGGCACCUGUGCUGCUAUUCUUCUCACUGUCAUGACCUGUUACUUCUGGAAAAAGAACCAAAAACUGGAGUACAAAUAUUCUAAGCUGGUGAUGAAUGCCACCCUUAAGGACUGUGAUCUGCCUGCCGCUGACAGCUGCGCCAUCAUGGAGGGCGAAGAUGUAGAGGAUGAUCUCAUAUUCACCAGCAAAAAAUCACUCUUUGGGAAGAUCAAGUCAUUCACUUCUAAGAGGACACCAGAUGGAUUUGACUCCGUGCCCUUGAAGACAUCCUCAGGAGACAUGGACAUGUGAGGGGCCCAGACCUGCCUCCUCCUGCUUUCUUACCUAGGCAGAUUGCUUUGUGAGCCCAUGGUGACUUAGCUGCUCAGCUCUCUCCCACACCUGCAGCUGGAAGAUUCUUUAUGUGGCCUUAUCAUCAAAUGUUUAAAUUUCAGAUUUUUUUAUAUACACACCCAAACGUCCCACCCUGCUUACCCCAGACCGGCCAAACACACCCACAAUUGUCUGUACAAUGGCUCCUUUGCUUGCAUUUCUGUUUGUCAAAAUGACCCAGCCUCCCAAAGUGUAGCUUUAUCCACCAAUAGUUCUAAUUGUUCCAAAAUGAAAAAAAAAAUGUUCUCUCUUGCUAAGUAUGGAGCUGACUUCUUCUGGCUCUUUAUCCAAAGGCACAAAUGCUCCUUGCAUUUCCUCAGUUUCCCCUCAGGGAACUAGGUGCCAAGUCAGCUGAGUCCUCUUGAGCUCCUUUCCUAUUGAUGAUGUCUUGAAAAGAAAGGUCUCCUUGCCUCUGGACGUGCAGUUGAACCUGGAAUGGAGAGGACAGGUAUGGCAAGUAUUAUAUGGAGCACCAUUCUUAUGAAGCACGAAAAGGAGCCAGGGGGUUUUGUUUUAAGGAUUUUCUCCCCUGUACUAGGUGGUACUUUGCCCUUUCUUAUCACAGAGAUGUUCUCACUGGAGCCAAAUAAGAAAGUUAAUAAAGAAAUUCACUAAAGAAUCUGGUCAAA